AUGAAGCAGAGAGUUUCCGCUCUAGAUUUAAAGCUUUUAGUGGCAGAAUUGGCUCCUAAAGCCAAAGGACAUCGCUUAAGCAAUGUUUAUAGUCUUAGUUCCAAUAAUAGAUCGUUUCUUUUUAAAUUUGCCCAGCCCGACUCAAAAGUGAAUGUGGCUGUUGAAUCCGGGUUCAAACUUUACAUUACCGAUUAUCAGAAGCCAGUGCUUCCUCAACCAACAAGCUUUUGCACAAAGCUCAGAAAGCAUUUAAAGUCGAAAAGACUCACACAUGUCGAACAAAUUGGUGAUGAUAGAGUGGUUGUUUUGGAGUUUAGUGAUGGAAUGUAUUAUUUAGUCCUCGAAUUCUUUAGCGCCGGUAACAUCAUCUUGUUGGACUCAAACCGCCAGAUCAUUUCAUUAUUUAGAGUUGUGGAGAAUAAGAUGAAAGCAUCCGAUCCAGACGCUUUUAACUAUUCAAUAGGACAAACAUAUCCAUCGUUUGACUCUACACUUUUUGAAGAUGAAAAUAUGAAAAUUCGUGAAUUUGUUACAUAUGAUAAAGGUCUUGUGGUUGGCUGGAUUAAGGAAAUGCAACAACGUGAAGAACAAAACAAAAACCGUGAAACAUCCGGGAAGAAAAAGAAGAAGAAGGGAAGAAUAUUUUCGGUCAACAAGCUAUGCUUCAUGCAUGCACCAUAUCUUUCCUCUGAUUUGAUUCAGCGUUCAUUGUUGGAUAAUGGUGUUACUCCCUCACAGAGUUGCUUAAACAUGUUGGAAGACAAUUCUUUAGUCGAAAAAGUAGUCACUUCACUGCAAGAAAGUGAAAAUACAUUUAAAUCUCUUUUACAAACUCCUCCAGGCAAAGUGCAAGGAUGGAUACUACGGAAAAUAAAUCCACUUUUUGAUAAUACGAAGAAGGAAUCAAGUGAGAAUUUGAAAUAUACGUACGAAGAAUUUCAUCCAUUUGAACCAGUUCAUAAGGAGAAUGAAGAUUCGAAAGUUGAUGUCGUGGAUGGAUACAAUAAAACUGUUGAUACUUUCUUUACAAUGAUAGAGCUUUCAAAGGCAUCCCUAAGUAGACAACAGCAAAAGGCUGCUGCUGCUAAAAGACUGCAACUUGUGAAGGAAGAGAACGAAAAGAAACUAGCAAAAUUAGAUGCUGUUCAAGAACUAAAUCGAAAAAAGGGUUACCUAAUCACUUUGCAUAGUAGUGAAAUUGAGGACUGUAGAUCAAGUAUACAGGCCCUUCUUGAUCAACAGAUGGAUUGGCAAAACAUCGAUAAAUUGAUUGAGGUGGAAAGAAGACGAGGUAAUCCAACAGCUAAAAUGAUUAAAUCCUUGAAUCUUUUAAAGCAUGAGUUCACAGUUUUACUUCCGGAUGAACAAGAAGUUGUAGAUGAUGAAAACGAGGAUGAAAGCGACUCUGAUAGUGAUAGUGAUAGUGAUGAUGAUGAUGAUGAUGAUGAUGAUGAUGAUGAGACGGAAGAUAAAAAAAGUAACAUAAUUAGCGUCUCCAUUGAUAUAAGGGAAUCGGCUUUUGCAAAUUCUACACGUUAUUUUGAUGCGAAGAAAAAUGCACAGGAAAAGCAGGAAAAAACGAAAGAAAAUGCUGCAAUUGCUAUCAAGAACAGUGAGAUGAAGAUUCACAGAGAUAUGAAACGGCUUGAAAAUGAAUCCAAAAAUACAGUGGAUAUUCGUAAAAUACGUCCGAAGUUCUGGUUUGAAAAGUAUUUCUGGUUUAUUUCAAGUGAUGGUUAUUUAUGCAUUGCAGGAAAGGAUGAUAUUCAAAUAGACUCGAUAUACUAUAGAUAUCUUGACAACAACACCGAUUAUUUGGUGUCAAGUGACGUUGACAAGUCUCUUAAGGUUGUGAUUAAGAAUCCAUAUAAGAACAAAGAAAUCCCACCUUCAACAUUUGUUCAGGCAGGGAUAUACUGCUUAACCACAAGUAAAGCCUGGGACAGCAAGAUGAGUCCAAGCCCAUGGUUUGUCAAAGGUGAUGCUGUUUCCAAGAAAGAUUAUGAUGGUUCAUUGCUACCUCCUGGCCUUCUUAACAUUAAAGGCGAUAAGAAUUUCUUACCACCAAGUCAAUUGGUCAUGGGAAUUGGAUUACUAUGGCUUCCAGAUGAGAAGACUAAAGCUAGACACAUCGAAUAUAUGCUUAAUCGGAACAAGGACAUAGGAUUUGAAUACGCUGAGAGGUACGAGGGUAAAAACAUGAAGAUGAAGGAGUUAGCAGCGUUACUUGAGAAAUUGACUUUGAAGAGUAAAAAAGCCAAGGAUAAUGAAGAGGAUGCAGAUUCAGAAAAGAAUGAGGACGAUAAUGAUGACGACGAGACAAAAGAGGAAGUGCUGCAAAACUCAAAAGAUUAUACUACUAAACUUUCGAGAGGUAAAAAGAACAAGUUGAAGAAAAUUAAGCGAAAAUACAAAGAUCAGGACGACGAAGAGAGAAGAUUGAGGAUGGCAGCACUAGGAACGUUAAACCAGAAUGAUAAUGACGGAGAGCAAAUUGGUUCUGAUGUAAAUGGAGAAAGUAAGGUGGAUUCUCGAGAACAGAAAAUAGUAGAAGCAUCGAUGAGGAAGGAGAAGAAGAAGCAGCAACAGAUUAAUCAAUUGCAGCACUUGCUGGAGGAAAUUGAGAAUGCCAUUUCUGAAAGCAGAGAAGAUACCACUACUGAUGUUAAGAAGGUUUACUACAGCGAGUUAUUCGGCCUUUUAAACAAACCAGGUAAAGACGACAACAUAACAGACUGCAUUGUUGUCUUCAUGCCAUGGGGGGCAUUAAAUAAAUAUCUAUACAAAGUCAAGGUUCAAUCUGGAACAAACAAGGAGGGAAAGACUUUAAGUGCAGCAAUCGAUUUCUUCAAGAAGGAGAGUCGAACUUUGAAAAAGAAGGGUGUCGAUUGGUUUGACAAGGAUUCAAUAAUCGAAAAAAUUAACCCCCAGGAUUAUUUGAUGUCAAUGACUGGAAAUAGAUAUAGACUUACAACAGGAGGAGCAGAAGUUAAGAAGAAUAAAGGAGGAAAAGGAAGCAAGCCAAAAAAAGGAAGAAGAAGAAAAUGA